AUGGGUGGAGAAGACAAAACUUGUAAAACCAUCAAAGAUGCGAAGACCAUGAUGAGAGAGGCUAGAAGAAGCCUAAAUGUCAAUGAAGAGUACCUAGGUGCAUUAAGGACAAAAUCAUAUGGUGAUUUUUUCAUGAAAGCUCAUGACCUACUUGUUAAUAAUAAUAAUAAUAACAACAAUCAACCAUCAUCUCCCAAUUCUCAAUAUUCAUUAUUUUCAGAUAUACUUCUUGAACCAGGCCAAGAAACAAUAACAAACAUUCUUGAAUCAACUAAUAUUUUUCCAAGAAAAUAUAAUCUCAAAGCCCUUCUAUCUAAUUACUUCAAUAUUAGUGCAAAAGCCUCAAAAUUUUGUAGCCACCUUCUCAAAACAAUCAACCAAGUCCAAAAUGACUAUGAUUUUGUCGAACAAAUCCUCGAAUCGAUCGAUGAUAAUUGUUCUUCUCAUCAAUUUGAUCAUCUUAUACUAGAGCUAAAAUCUUAUAUUAUCCAUAACAAUCCGUUUUCCGACCUCAGAAAACAAGAUUUUACGCGAAUCAACGAUGAAUAUUCAUCGAUUUUGCAACAUUUGAGUUUAAAGAGGAAAAAAAUAGCUAGGAAAAUAAAAAUUUUCAAAGGUGUAAAUAAGGCUUCAGGGGUAUUUGUGACAACAGCAUGUGGACUAGUAGCUGUUGCGGCAGUGUUACUAGCAGCACACACACUAGCUGCACUUGUCAUGGGGCCAGCAAUUUUGACCAUUAUACCCUUAAAGCGAUCGAAAAUUAAUAAAUUCAUGAAUCGUCUUCAAUUCUUGAAAUGUGGAUUUCUAAGGAAAAUUGGAGCACAACUUGAUGUAGCAGCAAAGGGUACAUACAUUUUGAACCGGGAUUUCGAUACGAUGAGUAGGCUCGUGGAUCGAUUGCACGACGAAAUUGAACAUAACAAGACGAUGAUAAAGUUGUGUUUGGAUAGAAGGGAAGAUAGUAUUUCAUUGAAAGUGUUGAAGGAGUUGAAAAAGAGUAAUGUUGGAUUUAGGCAACAAGUGGAAGAGCUUGAAGAACAUGUUUAUUUAUGUCUUUUAACUAUUAAUAGAGCUAGAACUUUAGUGAUUAAUGAAAUUGGAAAAUCUUGUGGGUGA